AAAUGUCGGAAAAAUAGUAAAUCAUCAUAAAAAUAGAUAAUUUGGGAAUCUUUGUGUACUUACUCGCUUCAAUUGAACGGUAUAAAACUGAGCACGCAGUAGCCAGUAAUUAUAUUCAUUACUAUUAACAGUACAUAUUAUGGUUUUUUAAUACUAUUAUCUAGGUACUAAAUUAAUUAUCUACUAAUUUUUAUUUAAAAUAAAACAGUUUAAGUAUCUAUUACUCAAAACAAAUAAGUGAAAUGUAUCUCAUAAAUAAUCCCGGAUUAAUUUUUUUAAUUUUAUUUACGUUGGCGUAUGUGAAUUGCGAUGAUACUCCCGGACCGUAUAAUUCUCACGAUGACAGUAAACACAAAAAAUGCAAGAUUCCCUGGGUUAAGGCUACUGAUGGAAAUGGCAAUGUCGCUACUUGCAAACUUAAGUGUCAAACGAAAUGCAGAUAUUAUCAACAAACGGACCAAUGGCGUUGUAGAUCAUCUAGUACAGGUUUAACCAAAAAAUGCGAAUGUUGUAGAGAUAAUAUUCCUCCUCCUAGUCCACCUUCAUGAGAAAAUGCACCUGCAUAUCUGCUACGCAUGGCUGAAUACCGAAUUUGAAAUACAAACCAAAAAUAGUAUGCACUGUACCAAAAAAGGAAAUAUUCAACUCAAUCGAUCGUCAUGUACUCAUAUUUUGUAAUAAUAUUAUAUAAUUUGUAUUAGUUGAAAUUAAAUAAACACGAAUAAUAAUACUCAAUA